AUGGGCUCCAGGAGCCACACCUCGCUGCUCCUGCUUCCAGUGUUGCUUCUGCUGCUGCAGGGAGACAGCCACCGGCCCCUAUGGCGAUCCAAGAGAAGACGGGUUAUUACCACCCUGGAACUGGAGGAGGACGAUCAAGGACCCUUUCCCAAACUUGCUGGGGAGCUGUUCAAUGAUGUGUCUCAUAACAUGUCAUUAAUAUAUUUAAUCAGUGGACCUGGUGUGGAUGAAUAUCCGGAGAUUGGUUUGUUUUCUGUAGAAGAUCACAGGAAUGGAUGAGUGUAUGUUCACCGCCCUGUCGAUCGAGAGACAACACCGUCUUUUACGCCCUUGGAUUAUGAAACUCACCCUAUACGAAGCCUUGUCAUCACUGUGGAGAAUGAGGAGCCGCUCUUCCCCUGUGAGGUGGGCCAGGUCCAGGGGCCCCGGGGGGCGGUGGUGAGCACCACUGUGAGCGUGCAGGUGACGGACACCAAUGACCCACCAGCCUUUUACCCCAGGAGCUUUGUCGUCAGCGAGGUUGACGGUGCCAGACCGGGAAUUCAGCUGGGAAUUUUCAAUGCUACAGAUCCAGACAGAGCUGCUGGCCAGAUAAGCACAACGUCCUCCGGGUUCAUCCAUGUGGUAACAGGUUGCAGACCGUCCUUCCUUUUCAAGGCUGAAUACUCCUCCACUGUCUGUGUAGACCGCACUGUGUUCUUCCAUCCACCUGUGGGCGUCCACUUGGGUCGGUCAGUUGAACUUUUAAUGUUGAGAAGCCUCCCACUGGGUAAUUACUCGGUGCCACUGGUCAUCAGAGACAAACAGGGACUUUCCCAGAAGCAGAUUGUCCACGUAAGGGUCUGUUUCUGUCCCGGUGGAGUCUCGUGUGUGGAGGCAUCAGUUGCAGUCAUAGGAACUGGGCUCCUCGUGGGCACCCUAGCCCCUCCCUGUGCAGCGUUCAUGAUUCUGGCAGCCACUCUGCUGUUCCUGCUGCGACGCUGUUUUGUGUCCGAAGUCGGGCCCAGAAGCUCUGAGGAAGGCCAGCAGACUCUGAUCACGUGUAGCGACAAGAGCAAAGCUAUUUCAACCCAGGGGACGUUUGGCAAUGUCUAG